CUUUAAACCCAGCCAAAGUCUUAUUUUCUCCUCCUUGGAAACACAGAAGUUGAAGACAGAUUCAUGCUAUGGAAAUGGAGAUGGAGAUGAAAUGCAUGGAAGACAUUGACAUAGCAACUGACCUAACCCCAACACUCUCCCCUCUCUCUUUCUCUCUCCACAAUUCCCAUCUCCACACUCACUGCUCCGCAUGUUUCUCUCCCCUCCCCAAUCCCAAUCCCCAUUCCCUCUUUUACUGCUCCCCUCUCUGCUCCGCCGCACAUUCCGCUCUCCGCCUCUCCUCCGCCGACUCCUCUCUCCUCCGCACCGCCCUCCGCCUCCUCCUCCACCACCGUCCCUCCUCCACUGGCCGGAUCGCCGGACUGCUCUCUAACCGCCACCUGCUGACGUGCCCUAACCUCUCUCCCUCCCACGAUGACGUGUCGGUCUCCGAUAGCGUCAGGGCCAUGGCCGCCGCGAUUGCGAAACAACGCGGCGGCCGCGAACAGGACGACGCCGUUCUGGAGGACGCCACUGUUGCUCUCUGCGCUGUGCUAACGAACGCCGUGGAGGUGCACGAUAGCCAAGGGUGCGCCCUCGGGAUUGCGGUUUUCGAACCUGCGUUCUCUUGGAUCAACCACAGUUGUUCACCCAAUGCGUGUUACCGCUUCACCUUCAAGUCCCUUUCUUCUGAUGAAGCGAAGCUUCGCAUUGCUCCGUUCAAUUCUCAACAAUCAAUGAUAGAUAGUGAGGUUUGUGGUGGCAGUAGUGAAUUUGGAAAAGAAUGGGAACUGGGCUAUGGUCCAAGAUUGAUUGUGAGGAGUAUCAAGAGAAUAAACAAGGGAGAUGAGGUGACUGUAGCAUAUACUGACCUCUUGCAACCUAAGGCAAUGAGGCAAUCAGAGUUAUGGUCAAAGUACCGGUUUAAUUGUUGUUGCCAACGAUGUAGUGCCCUGCCCUUCACAUAUGUGGAUCAUGCAUUGCAAGAAAUUUCUGUUUAUAGUCGUGAUUCAUCUGGUUCAUGUUCCAAUUACGAGCUCUUCAGAGACAUGGUUGAUAGUAGACUAGCCGAGUGCAUUGACAAUGUUAUAUCAGAGUAUCUUUCCGUUGGUGAUCCUGACUCUUGUUGUGAAAAACUUGAGAAGAUACUUAUGCUAGGUCUAGAUGAGCAGUUAGAAAUUGGUGAAGGAAAACAGCAUUCAAAAUUCAUCCUGCAUCCCCUACAUCACCUUUCUCUAAUUGCUUACACAACACUGGCUUCAGCAUAUAAAGUUCGCGGGAGUGAUUUAUUGUGUGUAGGUUCUGAAAUCAAUCUAGAUCAGUUUGAAGCUUUUGACAUGAGCAGGAUCAGUGCAGCAUAUUCUUUGCUACUUGCAGGUGCAACUCAUCAUCUCUUCAAAUUUGAAUCCUCACUGAUUGCUUCAAUUGCAAAUUUUUGGACUGGUGCUGGUGAAUCUUUGUUAUCUCUCACCAGAAAUUCAGGAUGGAAUAAGUUUGUUGAAUUGGGUCUGGUUGUUUCAAAACUUCCUUCUAUCAGGAUGUUAAAAUGCUCCAAGUGUUCAUUGAUGGUUAGAUUUAGAGCUUGUAUAUCAAAUGGUCAAAUUAAAAGUGCAGAUUUUGAGACUGUAUCGAAUGAGUUCCUUCACUGCGUCUCACAUAUUACUCAGAAAGUUUGGAGUGUACUUGUCUAUGGUUGCAAUUUUAUGAGAUCAUGUAAAGAUCCUAUCAAUUUCAGCUGGCUAUGGUCUACAAAAAAUUCCAUUACAGUUGAUAUUGGGCCUCAUGGUAAUAAAACUAACACAGGUAACACUCGUGAAUCUGAGAAUAACAUCCAUAUUUGUGAAGGAAAAGCUUACAAUGAUCAUGUAGUAAAUGAUAUUUUUUUGCUAAGUGUACACUGCUUAACAUAUGGAGGAUUGUUGGCUAGUAUAUGUUAUGGUCCCCAUUCCCAUUUGUCUUGCCAUGUUCAAAAUAUUCUUGGUGAAUUAUAUUGUCAUGAUGAAAUUUGAGGGGUCAUGUAUGAUACCUUGUGAAAAAUCUGUGUGAACAUGAAUUCAAAUUAUUUUUUGCCCUUUUAGUAUCUGAAUGGUUAAGGUG